UUUGAAUAUCCCUUGCAAUGGUUGACAAAAUGCUCAUCUCAGGCCUUGUGAACACACUUCUUGUGUACCACAAAAACCUCUUCAAAACCUUCAUCCUCCCUUUCUUCAAAAAUAUUGAUGGAGGAGAAAAAGAGACCAAGAACUUGGAGCGGCCGAGGUGCCAUGACUUGGUACUCUCCGCCGAUGAAAUUGGAGUCGUGGUUCACCGACUCGGCAUGCCACAGAGUAAGAAGGAUGAGGAAGGAGAAAGCAAUGGAGUAGCGGUUGAAGGAGUUAUGGAUGUGAUCAAUGAGCUACUUGAGGAGAAGAAUGCGAGCGUGGAGGAAUUGAGGCAGGCAUUUCGGGUGUUCGACAUGAAUGAGGAUGGGGCAAUAAGCCCGGGCGAGCUCUGGUGCUUAUUGCGGAGAUUGGGACUGCAAGAAGGGCUCAAAUUGAGCACUUGUGAAGCCAUGAUUCGAGCCUUUGAUGAGGAUGGAGAUGGAACCAUAAAUUUUAAAGAGUUCACUUGCAUGAUGGAAAAUUCCUCAUAAAUUGUUACUUGAACUUUUUCUGAUUAAAAAAAUAGAUCCUAGUUUAUCUUAUU